GGAUAACUUGAGAUACGAGGUCGAUGAGUGGAAGGUGAGCUAAUAGUGUACCUUCUUAAAAUGCUCUCUAGAGUUGCGGGUAAUGGGCUAACUUAUCGCUCUACCAUAGACCAAGUACAAGCAGUCCAAGGCAGAGGCCAACACCGCUCAGAACACGCUGCAGAAGGAAAUAACAACACUACGAGAUGCAAAUAGGACCUUACAAUUAAAACUUCGUGAUAUUGAGGUCGCGAAUGAUGACUAUGAACGCCAGGCUCGUCAUACGACUUCAUCCCUGGAGGAUUUGGAGUCGAAAUACAAUAUGGCGAUCGAGAGAGGUGUCUUACUAGAGGAGGAGAUGAAGAUCGGAGAACAGGAACGAGAGAGCCUACGAAUUGAGAACCAGCGCCUUCGUUCUGAGGUUUCUGAGCUGAAGGUCGAAACCGAGAUUGUACAGGAGAAACUCCGGAAUGCGGAAUCCCACGGAGGCCGACGCAGGAAGCCAGCUCCCUUGCACCGCACUCCGUCCACACCACAGACCCCAGAGAUAUUCAGUCGCUCUCCCGGGCCGUCGACUGUGUCGUCUCCAAUUUUUGCUACACCCCCGAUGAAAACGUCACUAAUAGCCGCGACUGCCACUCCUCCCUCGCCACCGAUAUCCGAGUCGUCCAUCAGUAUGCGCAAGUCCAUCACUGCUACCCCCGGUUUCCCUCGUCAAAAGGCUUCUGGUUCCGAGUCAUUUGGUUCUCGAUCUUUGCAUGGAUCCAGGACCCAAAAGCACCCUCACUCUCACUCUCGUCCAACCUCGUUCGCGUAUAGUAAUGGUCGCUCAGCUUCAUCUGUUACUUCCCGCGCCAGCCUAUCCAAGCCCAGUCCCAGUUUUUCGAAGCCCAGCCCGAGCCUUUCCCGAUCCACCAGCAAUAGCAAUAGCACUCAGUCGACUGUGAUACCCAAGUCUGGGUCCUUAUAUCAAAUCCGUGGCCUGAUUGGCAAAAUGCAGAAACUCGAAGAAAGGGUUCAGUCGGCCAAAUCCAAGCUCCCGGCUCCCUCCGAUUCUCCGUCUCGGGUCUCUUCUCGCUCCGGUUCAAUAGUUGGCGAGAGUCCUGUUGCUUCCACGAUCACGGUUCGCAGAGAACCCCGAAAACGGUUAAGCGGCAGCAGCUUUGGCUCCUCGGCUCACGGCGACGGUAUCUCAUCUUAUGUCUCAACUAGUCGACCGUCGUUCAGCGUUCGUACCCAGGGGGACAGUCGGCCGAGCAGCCGUACGAGCUACUCUAGUUCAUUCAGUCACAGCACCCACCCCAGCAUUACACCAUCGACUCGGCCUGAAAGUCGCCAGAGUCGGACCAAAACACCGCUGGGACAUUAUUCCACGAACCCCAUCACUGAAAGUCGGCGGCCACGGUCGUCACUCAGCAAUUCAGCGGGACAAAAUGUUCCAGUAAACGGCAUGUCUCAUAUUGACGAAGAUGAGGAUCUCUCCAUCCACAUGUCCGUCCAGGCAAAGAUCAAUGAAGUCCGCGAAACUCGUCUCCCUUCGUUUUCCGCCGCCAAUGGGCUCAAGAAGCGCACGCCUAGCGGAAUUCCCUCCAUCCCUGCUCCUCGAAGCCUCCGCACUAGCACGGGACUAGAUCGACGGGAAGGCAAUAUGGGACCACCCAAUUCGAAGGCUAGGGCCACCACCGAUUUGGGUGAAACUUUCUAAAUUCCAUGUGAAGUGCCCCCACUUCCCCUUCUAUUGCCUACACUUUAAUGCACGUUCGGGCAAUUUCGAAGGGCGUUAUGAAUUCACGGCUGGUA